AUGCAGAAUGGUUUACUCGCUACUCUGCAAAACCGCCUAACAAAUGUUGCUUCUAUAGAGCUUGCGUUUGUUUUGUCUUUUUUGCAAGAUGUUGCCGCCAGUGAUGCGCCCGACGACAGGUUCCUCACCCACGGCUCCCCGUUCUCUUCAAGGUGCGCCUACUCAGUGGUCUCCUCCGACCACAAGAUCGAUCUCAACGCGGGGCACAUCGGGAGAUCCAAGGCUCCUACCAAGGACAAGAUCUUCGGCUGGCUUCUUUGUCGUGAUAGGUUUAGCAAGAUGGCGAACUUACAUCGCAAGACCAUCUCUCCUCUGGCUCGGACUGUCCGCAGUGCAACAUCACUCAUGAGGAUGCGACGCACCUCGCCCAUCCUUCGCCGACGCGCGGCACAGCACACACGCUCGUCCACCUCUUGCAUCUUAUCCAUUCGUCCCACCUCCGACUACCUGCCGCCCGCACUGCUGCUCACCUCCCUGCAACCCGGCCGCCUCCUGCCCCUUCUCCAGGCCACGCGCCCGCCUCCUGCUCCUUCUCCAGGCCACGCGCCCUUCCGCCGAGCUCCUCCUCCCGGCGAUGUGGCUACCGCCCCGUUCCUCCUCCCGGCAUCGACGCUCCCGGAGGUCGAGGGAGAUGCGGCGGAUCCAGCGGUGCAGGCUGAGCAGAUCAGCCGAGGCCGUGGAGCUGGAGAAGCAUCGCCGCCGUCUCCUCCUCCACUGUCCACUUUCCCAAGGGGGCGCCGUCAGAGCUCUUGGGAGCGGACAUACAGGGUUCUCCAAAUAGGACCUCUUGGCGGAAUUCAAAACGGGCGGCUAAGCGACAACCACGUGGCACUGAUAAUGACGGGGAUGGAGAGGAUGAUGAUGUGUCCUAAAGAGUAUAUAAAUGAGUUGGCAUCCUCAGUCUUUUCUAGUUGCACAAGAGUACCUGAUAAUUGGCAUCCUCAGUAUUUCUAGUUGCACAAUACCAUUCAACUAGUUGACAUCCUAAUAUUUUUGUAGCUGCAUUGACACCCUCAGGUGAAUGUGCAAUUUUUUGAUUGGUCAUGCAAGUGCUGAAUAGUUCUUUUCCCAAGAGUACCUAAUUAAUUGGCAUCCUCAAGAUUUAUAG